AAUGUAUUAUCUCAAUUUUUUUUUUCAAUUUAAACAACUAAUCAGUUUUCUACCAGUAUUUGAUUGUUCUGUUGUUAUUUGCACAUUUCUCACAUGUCUGCGGUGUCGUUUGGUUAAUAACAGAGGUCAAUUUUAUUUUUUGCACUCUCUCCUGAAACAUCGCCGCCUUCUCUUCUAGAAAACCGAACUCUUUGAAAGCCGGUUUUUUUUUUUUUAUUAUGAUUAUUAUUGAAAAUCACCAUCAAAGUUCUUGAGAAAUUCCAAAGCAAAGAAAUACGAAAAGAGAGAUGGGCGCAGCGCAAGCGAUGAGGAGAAUCCCUCGCAUCAAAUUUCCCCAAAGACACCCCAAUCCUUCCGGUUCUGGAUUGCAGCCUCAAGCUGGAACAAAACCCGGUGAUGGUGAUCUAACUUUCUUCUCUAGCUCUAAGGCUCCUACAACUGUUGGAGGGAAAGCUUCUCUUCAGCCUAAAAGAACACCUGUUUCCAAUGAGGAAAUUGAGGCUAUUUUGUUCGGUGGCUGUUUCUGAUCAUCUGAUGGAGGUUCAACAAGGGAGGACAAUUACAUGGACUAUGGACUUUUAAUUUGCUCAUUUCUUUUCCAUGUCUGAUUAUUGAAACUUUAAUUUUCUAAUGAUAUUGGUGUGUGGUAAGGAAAACAGAGAAAGGGACCACCAUUUUCAGUGAAUAAACACAUAGAAAGGUUAUUGAAUUGAAGCCUUUUCUAAUCCAUAUCUGUAUAUUUUACUUGUUAA